UUGUCUUAUUUUUUCAAAGACGAUUUAAAUUUAAAACGCGAGUUAAUUACACAUUUAAACUAUUUUCACACUAAAACCUCUUUUUUAAAUAAUUAAAUUAAAUUAAACUCCACAUUAAUCAAAAUGUCGCAAAGUUCGGCCUCAUCCAACUCCAGUAGCAGCAGCAAAAGUCAGUAUGAGGUGUUGAGAGAAAGUUUGAGAAAAAAAUUGAGCGAGAAGAAUUUUCUGACAGAUCUUUUGGCCAGGGCGGAACUCUCAACUGGACUCGAUCGCGUCAACAUUGUUCUCGGUCUCGGUAUCUUGAUUGGUUUGUAUCUUAUGAUUGGAUAUGGCUCAUCAUUCCUAUGCAAUCUGAUUGGAUUUGCAUAUCCAGCCUACAAAUCGAUCAAAGCGAUCGAGUCGAAGGAUAAGGACGACGAUACGAAAUGGCUAAUCUACUGGGUAGUUUACAGUCUGUUCCUACUCUGCGAGUACUUUGCCGACCUUCUCCUCUUUUGGAUACCACUGUAUUGGUUUCUCAAGUGCGUCUUUCUCAUCUACUGCAUGCUUCCCGAGCCAUACAAUGGCUCAAUCUUUAUUUACUCGAACAUCGUCCGCAAGUUCUUCCUGAAACACCGAGCCACAAUCGAAUCCGGUGUCCAACAGGCCACUGACAUUGGCAGGUCACUUGUAGAUGAAGGCAAGAAGUUGGCGGAGGAUUCAUUGAAUGAUGUUCUCAGAAACAGUCUGAAGAGUGAUUAGCCACUGACGGAAGAGAAAGACCAGCUCACCAACUUUAAAUGACACAAAAAUAACAUUAAAUCACCUUAAAAUGACUUUAGACACUUUUCAUCAGGCGUAAAUCACUUUGGGUUCGUAAGGUCACUUUUAAAUUUAGGAUUUAUUUGGUAGUUAGUUUGAGUAACCUGGCGAAAAAAUAUACCUACGUAGUCAAUUAUUAUUACUAUUAUUGAUAUUUUUAUUGCUAUUAUUUUUUUUUUACUAUGAUUAUCAUUAUUAUUACGCAUUAUUCAAUUAUAUACGGCCAAAUCACCUUAAAAUUGGCUGAGUUAACAUAAUGAAGCUGCUUCUAUACACGUGACAUCAAUCACAUUUACAUUACAACAUAUCGACAGAAAUGACCAUAAAUGCAUUACGUUACAUUAAAAUUACAUUAAAUGCGCCGAACAUGACACGAGAAGACAUUAAACACAUCAUUAUACAUUACACUGGUUACAUCAGGUUAAUUCACAUCACCAGAUUAUCGCGAUACGCUGUGCUGGUACGUAAGGUUGUCAUUAGUAACAUUUUCCAUUGGUCUUUAGAGUUCCGUGUUGAAAUGUUUCACAUACGGGCACUUAUUAAUGUUCAUUCCUUCGUUCAGUCGUUCGUUUAUUCAAUCAUUCUUACGUUUGUUUAGUCAUUUUUGCAUUCAUUCCUUCGCUUGUUUGUUCAUUCAUUCAUUCAUUUGUUUAUUAAUUAGUUGGCUAAUUCAUUCAUUCAUUUUGUCAUUAUUAUUUAUUCAUUCGUUUUUUCAUUCAUAUUUGAUUCAUUCGUUUUUUCAUUUACGCUCAUUCAUUCCUAGUCUCUAUCCUGCCCUCGUAAUAGAUUUCUAUCCAGUUAAUUUCAUUUAUUUUUGUUUAUUCGUUCAUUCUUCCAUUCAUUUUUCUUCAAUAAUUCUUUUGUUCAUUCAUUCAUGAAUUUUAUUAAAUCAAGUUUAAUUUUUCAUGCGUUCAUUCAUCCAUGCAUUCGUUAAUUCAUUCAAAUUUUCAGUCAAACAUUCCAAAUCUCAUUUCUUGCCAUGAUUCUUCAACAUCCAUCUUAAAUUAAUGUUGUAAUUUUCGCAUAUGGACAAGUCAUAAAUGAGUUAUUGAUAGUCAUUCAUGCACGCACGCACACACGCACUGACAGAUAUAAUUAGAAAGACAGACAGUUAGAUAGAUAGAUAGAUAGAUAGAUAGAUAGAGACAGACAGACAGACAGAUAGAUAGAUAGAUAGAUAGAUAGAUAGAUAGAUAGAGAGAUAGAUAGACAGACAUAGAGAGAUAGAUAGACAGACAUGCAUAUCUAUACCUACACAUUUGUGACCAUGGAUUUAUGUAUGUUUAUUAAUUCAGCAUCUCAACCCACCGAUUAUUCAGCUACGUUCUUUUCAAUUCGUUGCGUGCGUGUGCGUGUUUGGGCCACCCUGUGUUAUUAUUAUUAUAGCUGCUUUAAUUUUAUAUAAAUAAUGGUUUUAAAUAUUGGUGAUAUUAUUAAUUUUAUUUACUUUUUGUCUGAAUCAAUGAAAGUUUAUGUGAGUUAAUACUUGAUUUUAAGAAAUUCAUAGCCAAAAAAAUGAAAUGAUGGAGAUUUAAUGUGUUCUUUUAUAUUAUUCCUAUAUAAAUUAACGUGUUUUAAAAUAGUAAUUUGUUGUUCGUUCAUACAUUCAUUAUAUUUAUGUUGGUGUGGGUGUUAUAAAUACAUACACACACACGUACGCACACCGCACACGUACACACACACACACAUUCUUGGUAUAGACAUUAAUAAACAACCAAGUCACUAACUACAAAGGUUUAUUCAGUUUAAUAAACUAUUAUUAAAUUUUAAA